CUCCAAGAGUAGAGUUUUAGUUUUGUUAUUUAGGAAUGAAGUCAGGCGAUGUUGGAGCUCUAACACACUCCAGGAUUAUUAUUUCGCCGGUCAGAUCAUUGCUGACAACGUGAUCAGACAUUCAUCUACCUCCACAGGUCAGUGAUUCUACAAACUCUGUAUAAUUAUUUACUUUUGUUCUUGGUCUCAAAACGCUUUUUUUUAAUGUUACUUUCAUUUUGCAAACUCACAACGUCUCUUCUUUUAAUACCGCUGGAUCUGUCAUGAGCAGAAAACUGAUAAAAUCCAAGAGUGCAUUCUCCUAAAUCUGAUAAAGAACCAGCCGCUCAUACGUAAGUCGUACGUUACGCUAAGUCGCAGGUUAAAAUGAGUUAAUGACUGACUCUGUGAGGCGGAAUGUCUGCGGUGACAUUUUAAAAACAAUGACGCCCUGUCACUCACCGCUUCAGUUUUUCUUUGCAGGGUUCAGGAUCAUGAAGUUUCCGUCAACUUUAACCUUUUCUGCAGCUCGUCUAAUUCUCACUACAAACAUGCAGGAAAGCUUUUUACAUAAAUACAGCACAGUGUCACCAAGACAAUAAGACAGCAUGCUUGGUGAAAGAAUGGGGGAAACUGUCAUGAGAUGCUGCAUCGAUGACAGCUGUGCGGGUAGAUUUCCUCGAGACAGUUUCCUGCUCUGCUAGUUUUAAAGAGCGUCGGUAAACUUAAAGAUUCCAGUUCUUGAGAGCACACCUGCAGCUCUGCAUUUAAAUAGUCUACCCUCUGCUGCAAAUACUCAACUCUUUUUUUUUUCUGCAUGUCAUGAACUGUUAGAUAUCCGGGAAAGUUUGACUCAUCAAGUGUUUUCUUCUCUUCAGCUCCUCUUUGGGAUCUGUGAGAUUAAACCUCCAACAUGAGUGAUGACAGGGACAGAUACAGGCCCGAAAGGAGCCGCAGCCAAAGCCAAGGACCCAGACAGGCCCAAAAUGUCAAACCCAAACCCAACCAGAAUGAGAGGAACAGCAAAGAGGACUACUGGAGGAAGGAGAGGCCCUCCAAAGUGAGGAGAUCCAGGAGCACUGACUCAGAGAGGGGAGAAAGAGGCCGGAGGAGAGAGAGAGACCGGCACCACGGAGAGAGGAGGCAGAGGGGGAGGAGUGAGGAAACCCGGAGGAGAGACAGGAAAGAGGGGGAGAGCGACAGAAGAAAAGUGAAGCCCCCUGAAAAUGACGUGGAGGAGACUGAGUGUGCGGUGUGUUUCUGCUCGUACGAUAACGUCUUCAAGACCCCAAAGCUGCUGGCGUGUGGGCACACCUUCUGCUUGGAGUGCCUGGCUCGCAUCAACGUCACCUCCCCCGAGCUCAAGACCCUCUCCUGUCCCGUUUGUCGAGAGCUGACCGAGCUCCCCCACGGCCAGGAUCUGCCUCGUCUGGGAAACAACCAGGACAUCAUCGGGAAACUGCCUCCUGACAUGCAGAGGGCGUUAUCGAUCAGAUUCAAGCGCAGCAAGGGGAAACUCCUCCUGAAGAACCCCCCUCCCAGCAGCCCCACCAAGCCCAGCAUCCUCAGCCUGCCUAAAAAGAGCCAGGACGGUCCGGUGACAGCAGGUGGGGACCUCGGCUUGAAUGCGAUGGAGCAGGGGAUAGUCCCGACUACAGUGGUGGACGUGGGCAGGCCUCCAAACAGGGUCAGAGGUCGCCUGCGCAGGUUGUUCCGCUCAGACCAGUGCUACUACGCCGUGAUCGCCACCGUCAUCACCAUCACUGUGGCGCUCAUGCUGGUGGGGAUUAUAGCCUUUGUGGUCAUACCUAAUGUGAUCAUUCACCGUAGGCCUGUGGGCCCGGCAGGGAACCAAACAGGAACUGAGUUUAAUCCAGGAAUCCAGGAACGUCCUUGAACCCCCUACACAAGUGCACACGCUGCAGAAAAGUAGGGCAUUAAAGCAGACGAAGGAUUUAUGACUCUAAUGUUUUGAUUCUCAGCGAUGCCUGAUGAGUCAUGAUGAAGCAGAAAUAAAGCACUGAGACUCACAUGAACUUGUUCGAAAUGACGGAAAACAAGGAUGGCGACAUUUUUUCAAACAAAGGACGCACAGACUCAAAGCCGCACUUGAAGGAAAGCGGCCGGGCUGACGUGCAUUAUUUUUGUAAACAUGUUGAGAUUACUGUGAACGCCGAAACACUUUAUUUCCACUGACUAAUAAGCUGUACAUUUUUAAAUGCACUAUACAUACUUUGAUAUGAAGAAUUAAAUCUUUAGGCUUUUUCCCAAAACAAAUUCAGGGUUUGUAGGUCUUAGCAAUUGUGUUUAGAGACCAACUUCUUGUACAUAUCCAGAGAUGAUUUAUAUAUAAAUAUAUAUAUUCUCUUUCC